UCCCAGCUCUCCGCAGCUGUCAGAGGAGCUGUGAGUGCGAGUUUUGGUUUGUGAUCGUGCGUUUCAAGGAUCUUGAAUUGCGUGUGUUUGCUGCAGUUGCACUUGAAACUUCAUUUACAUUCUUCAGCGUGUAGGAGAUGCCGACCUGCUGCGUGCAACGCUGCAGAUCGCGCUCUCUUCGCAAAGAGCCUGGAGUUUCAUUCCAUUCGUUUAAAAAAACCCACAGCUAAGAGCAAAAUGGAUCGAGGCCUUGGGGAAAGACGUGAACUGGGUGCCGCCAGAGUGGAGCCGAGUUUGUUCGAAGCACUUUCACCCAGACGACUUCGUCCAAACGCAGUCUCUCGUCCGACUUCGUCCAUGUGCAGUUCCCAGAUUUUUCCCACAACAUGAGGUUGCUUCUACAUCAUUCGCAACACCACUGCAAACACAGGGGCGAGCCAUAGAGACUAGCUUUGAGCUGCUGUGGGACCCUCUCACCACUAUGGAAAUGGAAGUGGAUAGUUGAAGUCCUUCCACGGAACACCUCCCUGUUGAGCCGGUGUCGCAAAUGAGCCAGGUAGUGGCUCCACCAUCACUGAUGAACCUCGUGACACAAAAGGGCACGUCACCAAUUCCCUGUGACUCUCUGGUUGACACGCAGGCGGAGAGUUCUAGUUCUGUGAUGGGAGGUGCACCCUCUGUGGAGCAAGUUCAACAGGAAUCCCCCGUGCUAUCACAAGAAUACAUGGAGGAAAAGGAACAGCAUGUUUCUGAACUCCUGUGGGACCCUCUUGUCAGCGUGGACACUGAGGAAGCUGAAGGACCACGAGAGGGCACAAGUGGGUCUGCACUCGAGGAAGACUCAUCCCCUGGUUCUGGAAACCAUGCAAGUCAGGUUGAAGAGAAAAGAUUUACUUCCCUCCCUGGCCCUUCUACAAGUGCGCAAAAGUUAUGGGUAAGCUCAGUCCCGUGUGUAGGUGCUGCAGACACACAGCUGCUAGCAUUACGCAGUCAUUCAUCGUUCGGCAAAAGCCCCGGAUCCUUCUGUCUUGCAUGGUGUGUAAUUUUAGGUUACAGAGCAGGUGCAUAUAGCCGCAUCUGCAUUUAAAUCUAUCCAUACUGAUUCUCUUCUCACAUGGCAGAAUGUGCAUGCAUUUUAACCUCACUGCUCGAAAUAAAAUGUAUACUAAACACUUAUGACUGAUGAUUCAAUGAUGAUUUUACUAACAUCUACUGACUCUGUUCUGCACAAUGUACUCCUCUAUGUGAAUCAAUAAACAAAUGAAUUUUU